AUGGAGAUCGGAGACGACGGUACAUACUCCGAGGACCAUGCUACGGGAGAGAAGAAAGUGCUCGCUCUGGCCGGUAGCGACGCCAUCGCAUUGGAUCUUACCCCCACGUGGUCGCAGGCGCGUCCGUGGUAUGCCGACCAACCUAGUAUCAAGUCGCCCUGCUUUGGCCAUGCCAAUUAG